AUGGAACAGCCAAGUGAAAUCUCUAAAGGAGUGUCUUGCGUGAACGCAAUUUACAGAUUAAUAAGUGAAAUAAAGCAAGUUGUCAUAAGUCUUGGGAAAAGAAAAAAAAUCUUUGACCCAAUUAUUAAUUCCUCAGAUGAAACAAUUCGAGCUUUACAUUAUGUGAAAUAUGAUAUUGAACAUUAUUUUCUACAAUAUGAGAAUAUAUUUAAUAAUUAUAAAUCUUCCUUAGAACAAAUUAAGGAAUUUGCAAAUGAAAUUGCAAAGAUAGAGAAUUCUUUCUUUUAUCCUUAUAAGCGCGUAAAAGAAAAGUAUGAAAGAUUAUUGAGGGAUUAUGAUAUUUGGGAGAAAAGAUUAAAUCCGAUCUUAAUUAAAGUUAUAAUGAUUAAACAAGAAAUCCAACAGAAAGAGUUUAUUUUAAAAACUGUUCCUAAUGAGAAGAGAUGCGAAUACAUAACCAAUAUCGAAAAGAUAGUUCACAACCUACUCGUUAAUCCUAUUUCAGAUUUUGGUGUACCACAUAUUGACUCGGCAUUACUAUUUGAUCCUCCUCUUGCAAACAAAAAAGAUGGUGAACCAGAUAGGAAACCAGAGUGUGAACCUGAUGACCCCAAACAUAUUCCGGAUGAAGAAAUGAAGGAUAAUUACUCACAACAUUUAUUUACUAUUAUUAAUUGGGCCGCACCUGAAAUGAUGACGAUAGAUGCUAAAUAUACAGAAGAUUGCGAAGUUUUCUGUUACGCAAUGCUUUUAUGGGAACUGGGUUAUCAAACGAUUCCUUAUCGAAAUAAGAGUAAGGAUGAAAUUGUUAAUCAUGUUACUGGCCGUCGUAGAGAAUCCCAGGAUUUUAUCAACUCAUUAAAUCUUCUAAACAUUCAAAGAAAAUACUAUAACAUCAUUAGAGAAGGGUGGUGUCAUGAAGCAGAACAAAGGAUUAAACUGGAUGAAAUUUUAUUGAGAUUUUCAGAGAUUGAAGCUGACAUUACAAAACCAAAGAGAAAAGGGUCUGCUCAUGUACCCGAUCAACUCAAUCAACACGAAAAUCAGUUUACAAACAAUUCUAAUAAAAAGCCUGUUAGUGUGCUUAAUAAUAUUGUUAAAAACGCUCUUAAGAAUUCAAAUUCAGAAAUCUCUAACAUUCCUAACAAGAAUUACAAGAAUCCGGAGACAUUCAACGUUCUAGACAAUAGUUCAGUGAUCUCUAGCAUUUCUAUCAAGAGUUCAAAUCCGAUAAUUAACGUUUCAAACAAUAGUUCAAGUCCAGUGUUCCCUAACAAGAGUACAAGUUCGGUGAUCUCUGACGUUACUGUUUCUAACAAUAAUUCAAGUCAGGUUAUCUCUGGCUUUUCUAACAAGAUUUCAAGUCCGGUGUUCCCUAACAAGAGUACAAGUUCAGUGAUCUCUGAUGCUACUGUUUCUAACAAUAAUUCAAGUCAGGUUAUCUCUAGCUUUUCUAACAAGAUUUCAAGUCCAGUAUUCCCUAACAAGAGUACAAGUUCGGUGAUCUCUGACGUUACUGUUUCUAACAAUAAUUCGAGUCAGGCUAUCUCUAGCUUUUCUAACAAGAUUUCAAGUCCGGUGUUCCCUAACAAGAGUACAAGUUCGGUGAUCUCUGACAUUGCUGUAUCUAACAAUAAUUCAAGUCAGACUAUCUCUAGUUUUUCUAACAAGAUUUCAAGUCCAGUGUUCCCUAACAAAGGUUCAAAUUCGGUGAUCUUUGGUGUUCAUAAUGAGAGUUCAAGUCCAGUGAUCUCUAAAGUUCCGGUUAUCGCUAACGCUACUAAUGGGAGUUCAAGUCCAGUGGUAUAUAAUAAUAGUUCAAUUCCGUCAAGCUUUUCAAAUUCACAAGAAAGGAUAUCUUAUUCUUUCGCUCAACAUAAAAGUUCAGUAAAACCUAAGGAAAAUGAAUCAAACUCCGGAAGAUUAAGUUAUGUUCCACCCAAUAUUUCUAGUACUCCGUCGGAAUUUCCGAAAGUUGAUAAUAAAUCAGAUUAUCAUCAACUUAAUUCUCACAAACCCAUACUACCACAAUUAAGAUUGGAAAAUAUUCAAGGAAUUCAAGGGUGGAGUGAACAAGACGUUUUUACGAAUACACCAACUACUAUUAUCAGUAAUCAAUAUGAAACCAUGCUCGAACAAUUUGAAACAUUUAAUGAGAUAAAAGAAUCUUAUGAAACAUUUAAUGAGAGAAAAGAAUCCUCUGAAACAUUUAGUGAAAGAAAAGAAUCAUCUGAUGAAUCUGAUGAAAUUAAACUCCCAGAAGAUGAUGAAGAAAUAAAUCAAUCAUAUGAAGAAACCAAAACAUCAGAAAGUGAAUCUGAUGAAUUUGAACCUUAUGAUAGAAAAAUACUAGAGACUUUAUCAGAAACUCCGAAUCCUCAAAAUUCGUUGGAUGUACCAAGUAUGAUAGAAAAUAAAAAACUAAAGUAUGGUUUGAUUAUCAAUAAACAAACGGUGCAAAUGGCUGUUUAUCCUGCAUGUGACAUUGAAUCUCCAGAAAUCAAUUGGUUAAGUACUAGAGAUUUUUAUGCGAAAUUAGUACUUUCAUCUGAACAUGGGGAAUCCUUUUCAUUAGAAAAUCAUAUCGAUACAUCUACUAUAGAUUACCUUGACUGGAUACCUGAUGCAGAUCUUCAUCUAAACAAUAAAACUCUUGUAAAUGACGUUUAUUUAGAAAUAAAAUGUCCAAAAGUUGAAAUGAUUUUUGAUCCAGAACCAAUACCAUCUAAAAAAUUAAUGGACGCCGUUAAGAAUGCUUUAAAAGACAACAAUCCUUACCGAGAGUUGAUAAAAGUAUUCGAAAAUUUUGGACAUUUCUUACCAAAGAAGAUUGUACUUGGUCAUAAAAUAUAUUCAUUGUCAAAAAAUUUAAAACCUUCUAGCGUAAGUAGAAGAUCUUCUAGAUAUGAAAUGACUGAAGAAUUUACGACAAUUGAAGAUUUUUCAUCUGAAAAGUAUAGUAAUAUUAUUAAUUUAUGGGAAAAUCACAUAAAAUUUCAAAAAGUCGAUUCAUCAUCAUUAAUUUCAAUUACUGGUGAUCCUGUUAAGAAAAAUAAUAUUAAAGAAUGGGCAAUUUCUUGUAUAAAAGGUGAUUCUAAUUCAUGGCAAGUUAUAAGUUGGGAAGAUCUAUGUCCUUUAUACGAAAUAUUUGAAGAAGAUUUACGUCAAGAAGUCAGAAUGAUUCUUAGUAAUGAUGACAAUACUAUCUCCACUGGAAUAAAAGAAAAAGAAGAUGGUACCCUAUUUGAAAAUGCUGAUGUUCGAUUUAGAUCAAAGACUAAUCUUGGAUUCGUAGCAGUGGUCGAAACUUUUUCAGAGGAUAAACUUAUGAAUUUACAAAUAUCUUGGAUUUUAGUUGGAAUACCAGCCGAAAUUGGUAUUUAUAGUUCUCAUACACGAAAAAUAUCCAUUUUAGGUGGAGGUAAAAAAUCAUUUGCCGCUAAAACAGGAGGAAUUGAUAUUCAAUUAAAUGCUUCAAAUUUGCAAGCAGAUGCGAUUCUCGUUACUUCAGUUACAUACCCUAAAUUAAACCUCAAACAAUGUUUUACAGCAGCAGUUAACAAUUACCUCAAUGGGACAAUUAAUGUUAAUAUUAUCUCUAGAAAAAGCAAUAAUAAUAUAAACGAUGAUGAUGGCCAUGAAAAUACUCCUGAACUUCAUUGGAGUAUUUUAUGUUUUGAAGAUGGUACUGACGGUACAAAUAAUAAUUUGAGGGCAAUAGGUCAAAUUAUUUGCGAGAAAGACUUAAUAGACCAAAAUAUUUACGAGAACGACCCAAUACAAAACUAUGAAAAUUCUAUUACCAACGAAUUGGAUUUGAGUUACAAGAAACUUGAUAGUGUAUUAGUGAAACAUUUGGUCGAAGAGUUAAAUUCCAAUAAAACUAUUACCCACUUAAACUUAAGUGAUAAUGAUAUUGGUUUGGAAAUUGGAAAGAGUAUCGUGAAGGCUUUAGAAAAUCAUGAUACUAUCACUCACCUAAAUUUAAAAUCGACUUAUCUUAUGUCGGAAGUACUCAUUAAUCUGUUGAAGAUGUUAAAAGAUAAUAAAACUCGCCUUAAGGAAUUAGAUUUAAGCCAUAAUGGUGAUAAAUUUAGUAAAAGAGGGAAAAGUAUAGUGGAUGCUUUAGCGAAAAAUACGACUCUUGUCAGUUUAAACUUGAGCCACAAUACUAUUGAUUGGGCUUUAGUAAAAUUUACAGAUUUAAAGAACAAUAAAUCCUUAAGAAAUUUAGAUUUGAGCAAUUGUAAUAUUAAUGCUAAAGUAGUAACAGAGUUGGUAAAAUUCUUGAAACUAUCGAAGAUUCCUCUUAAAGAAUUGAAUCUAAGUUUAAAUAAUCUUACUUUUACAUCAGAAAGUUUAAUAGCAAACAUCUUGAAUUCAAAUAAAACUCUUACUAGUUUAAAUUUGAGAUCAAAUAAGAUUAGUGCGUCAGUAGAGUCUUUGGAAAAAGAAAGAACGUCUUUAACAGGAAAAUUAUCAACAAACCAAUCAUCAACAACCAAACCAUCAACGAGCAGGUCAUCAAGCAGAUUAUCAAUGAGUAAAUUUUCAACGAGCAGACCAUCAAGACCAUCUUUAACGAGCAUGUACAGCUACGACAGGGUCCGUUCUUUAAGUGCAAAUAAUUUGUCGGAUGCGUUAAAAGCAAAUAAAACUCUUAAAAAGUUGGAUAUGAGUUCCAAUUAUAUUCGUCUCGAAGCAGGAAGAAAUUUAUUAAGAAGUUUGCAUUGCAAUAAAUAUAUUACUGAAUUGAACUUAGGCGACAAUGAUAUUAUUUCCGAACUAGGAGAUCAAAUAUUACAAAUUUUAAACAACACUAUUACUAGCAUAAAUUUAAAGUCAACAAGGAUUAGUUCCGAAACAGUAACAUCUAUAGCUAAUUUGUUAAAGGCCAAUAAAAUCAAACUUCGCAUAUUAAAUUUGAGUCAUAAUGACAUUAGUGAUUCUGCAGUAGUAGCUUUAAUAGAAGCUUUAGAAGAAAAUACGUAUCUCGAGGAAUUGAAUUUGAGCAACAUUAAAGGCGCAAGACGAAUAGGACAGGAACUUGAAAAGUCCUUAACCAAAAAUCGAACACUCAAAAUUUUAAAUUUAAGCGAUUGCAAUAUUUCUACCAAUGUUGUAGAAGCCUUGAAAAAGUCUUUACAAACGAAUUCCACUCUUAUCGAUUUAGAUCUAAGUUAUAAUGGCGUUUCAAUGAAUAGCUUUGUUGAUGUUUUAGAGACAAAUAAUACACUCACUAAACUUAAUCUAAGUUAUAGAGAAUUUGAAUUGGAUGAAGCAAGAUCUUUGGCAAGGGCUUUAAAGAACAACAACAUGAUUACACAUCUAUUUCUAAUUGAAACCAUAUUUAAACCUGAAAUUGGGUUAGCUUUGGUUGAAGCUUUAGGCGUAAACAAAAAACUUAUCGAGUUAGAUCUAAGUAAAAAUUGUAUUAAUCCUCAAAUUGCAAAAGCUUUAGUUAAAGCCUUAGAAACCAAUACAUCGAUUCGAAAAAUUGAUUUAAGGUCAGGUCAACUCGAUCAAGAAACAGCAA